UGUUUAUUUCGUCUGUAAAAAAAUUAGUAACAUUGUUGUAAAAUGGGUUUAUUUAUCAAAAAAUUUCAUCUAAUUAGCUAAUUUACUGCACAUUUCCGUACAGUUUUUAAUCAAAAAGCAGUGCUAGUGAUUGUAAAUUAACAAUCUAAUCUUUUCAAUCAGUGGUGUGCUCCUCAUCACCACAAUGGAUGACCAUAGAAGUGUGGAGGACACUCCUGUGUCCCAGAGGCUGACUAAUGACGACUUCAGGAAGCUGCUGAUGACCCCGCGGUCCACGCCGGGCGGCGCGCACCCAGCCGGCUCCGUUCGGGAGGCUAUGGCCAAUUCUGGGUCUAUGCCACCGCCAGCCGAGAACAAGAGUGAGCUACGUCGUAAGAAGAAGUCUUACUAUGCUGCUCUCAAGAAACAAGAGGACACCAAGCUUGCUGAACUAGCUGAGAAAUACAGAGACCGAGCUCGGGAGAGAAGAGACGGCACCAAUGACAUUAUACCUUCUGACCCAACCAGCACUACUGGUAGCGCUUACAGAGCUGUAGCACCAGAUGUAAAAUCAGGGAUGGAUGCCAAAGAAAGGAGAAGACAACUCAUUCAGGAAUCCAAAUAUCUUGGAGGAGACAUGGAGCACACUCACUUGGUGAAAGGUCUGGAUUAUGCCUUACUGCAGAAAGUGAGGUCGGAGAUCCAGGUGCGAGAGACAGAGCAAGAAGCAGAGAUGGAGCGCCUCGUCACUCUGCCCGUGGAGCCCGUCAAGGAGAAGGAGAAGAAAGAAGUGCCCGUGGAAGAAGAGAUGCAAUUCAAAACCACGAUGGGCAAAGAAAUUUUUAACUUGGUAAUGGAACAAAAGAACAAGAAGGUGGUCCGCAACGAGCUGUUCGCGCCGGGGCGCAUGGCGUACGUGGUGCCGCUGGACGACGAGGCCGGCGGCGACGCGGACAUCCCCACCACGCUCACGCGCAGCAAGGCGGACGUCCCGGCGGCCGAGGAGCGCAGCGCGGGGCUCGGCGACCGCGUGCUUCUUGACAAGCUGCAGCAGAUCUUCUCCUACCUCAGCCACCCCAAGCGACGCGCCAAGAAGAACAAGGACAAGCCUCUCGAAAAACGUCCCAACGACGAGUCGAUCUACGGCGCUAUAGGCGAGUACCAGCCGGGCGAGGCGCGGGCGGCGCGCGACGAGCGGCCCCGCGCCGGCUACUUCGACAAGCCCGCCGAGCUGGACCCGCCUGACGCGCCGACGCCGCGCCGCCCGGCCGCCGACACCAAGUCAGCCCUCCUUCUCUCCCGCCUCGCCGCGGCGCCCGAGGGCUAUGCCGAGUGCUACCCGGGCCUGCGCGAGAUGGACGACGCCAUCGACGACUCCGACGACGACCCCGACUACACCAAGAUGGACGCCGGCAACAAGAAGGGGCCCAUCGGGCGUUGGGACUUCGACACCCAGGAAGAGUACUCGGCGUACAUGAGCAGCAAGGAGGCCCUGCCCAAGGCCGCCUUCCAGUACGGGGUGAAGACGCAGGACGGACGCAAGACAAGGAAGACCAAGGACAAGAGCGAGAAGGCUGAACUCGACCGCGAGUGGCAACAGAUCCAGAACAUCAUACACAAAAGAAAAACACCUCGAGAGGAAGGCAACUACAAAAAACCGAAGUAUUAAUGUGUUUUUUUUUUAAAUAUUGGUAUAUCUUUAAGAUAUGAUGUUGAUGAUUGUAUAUAAUUUAAGGAUUCUGUAAUAAUAAGUUCUGAAAAACUA